CACUCCACUCUCGGGUUAUACUACUUCCGGCAACAUUUUCAAGAUGGCAGCCUACAGAUCAUCGCAUGUGUUGAAGUUGUGCUCAUCCGUAUCACGUUUGCACCAGCCAUUACUCUCUCAUGCUAGGACUGCCAUUUACUCUACCAACUAUCAGGAACCAACAUUUAAGAAAAAAGACCUGGAAGAGCCUUUGCCAGACUCAGACCCUCGUAGAUUCCAGCCAAUCAAAGCAGCCUUUAUAGAGCAGACGUCUUCAGUAUACUAUGACGAGACAGUGCAGAAGUUCAUUCGUCAAAUGAUGAAGUCUGGAAACCGAGCACGUGUACAGCAGAUUAUGGAUAAUAUGCUGGAGAAUUUAAAAAGAAUUCAGGUUGAAAAAUACCACAAGACUGAAGAUUUACAAGAGAAAGAAAGUAUUGAAUGCAAUCCACUGACAAUCUUUCAUACUGCUGUUCAGAACUGUGAACCAAUUCUUAUCCUCACAAAGGUCCAGAGAGGCGGAGUCAUGUAUCAGGUUCCCAUUCCUUGUAAAGAUAGCUACAAGCGGUACAAGGCUAUGAGGUGGCUGAUAGACAGCUGUAGGGACAAGGAGAGGAAGAUGCCCAUGGAGCAAAAGCUUGCACGAGAGUUGCUGGAUGCCUACAGAGGGGAGGGCAGAAGUAUUCGCAAGAAACAAGACCUACAUCGCCAGUGUGAGGCCAACAAAGCCUAUUCUCAUUAUCGUUGGUGACCUUCACCUUGUAUCACAACCUAUGACCUUCAUGGUGUCACAGCUAUUCUUCACUCCUGUUGUGCUGCAGUUGUAGGAACAAUAUGUACCAUCUACAAGAGGUACGGAAUAGCAAGUGAAGGAUCAGAAAGUGUACACUGUCAGGCCAUGACUACUACAACAAGCAACAAGUGAAGGUUUAUGUGAGAAUGUAUGCACUAUUCGAGACAUGAGUGCUGACCACACGUAGCACCUUAUGAGUAUUCAAUGAAAUAUUACGCCAUGUGUUAUAAUAAAACACUCCGAUACACCAGUUAUAAUAAGACUUUUCUCUGUUUGCCAAGAUGUGAGAGUCAUGCAGAACUGAAAGAUGUGUUUGUUUUUGUUCUUUGUUAAAUCUUUAUUGGUUGAGUGAGUGCCUGUGGAUCACAAGGACUAUUCACAGCUUUCACCACUAGCCUCCACUUGAUCCUCUUAGUCAACACGGACAGUGGAGUAGCCUAGUGCUUAAAGCGUUUGCUCAUCAUACUGAAGAACCUGGAUACAAUGUGUGAAGCCCAUUUCCGGUGUACCCCAAGAUGUUGUUGCUGGAAUAUUGCCAAAAGUGGCUUAAAACCAUACUGGCUAUUCACUCUUACCCAACAACAAUGUACAGUUGUACUGGUAAUAUAUCCCAGGUAGACAUUUUGUAGGUCGUGUAAGCUCUUUGUGAAUGUACUGUUUCAGUCUUGAACAGAGAACAGAAGAAGUAGGUGUCUGCUGGCCGGGAUGUUCUCUGGUGGAUUCAAGUCUGUAGUACAAGAUAAAUACCAGAGAGAAUGUGGUCAAAAAGCUUGUCAGGCAUCUCAAACAGCCUUAGACAUAUUCUGUGCAUGAGUGAAAAUCUGAGUGAAAAUAUUUGCUCUGUCAGGAAACAUAGGGAAUGAUUUUGAAAAGAUUAGCUAAUAAUCUUCACUCUGUUUCAAGGUCAGUCUUGCCUAACACAUCAGCUUUUAUCUAAAUAUCAGACAUAUCCUAUACAAUCAUAUACAGUGUUUGGUCUGGAACUUACAUGAAAGAGUUUGUGAGGUAUGUCUGUGAAUGAUUAUAGAACCAGUUGUAUUUACACUAGAGGAGAUUUAGUCGUUUGGCAUGGGUGACUAUGAACGUUGUGUUUAUAUAGCUGUGUGGGUGUGUGUUAUCCAUUGUCAAAUAGUUUGAUGAAAAUGUUAAUUAAAAGAUAAAUAAGAUUCA